UGUUACUCAAGACAAGCAGCAUUGAGAUUUCGGCGACAGUGUCUGAAAGAUGUGUAGCUCCUGAAAAACAUGCUGUCCUCAGAGCACGCGAUGUUUCUGUUUGCUGGGGUAAAAUCUAACUGAAGUCUAGUUAAAGCGUCGGUGGAAUCCACUGUUAAAAGACGGAUUGUAGAAAAGCACGAGCGAUCAACGAGACGAGAUUUGCACGCGCUGCCGUAGGAGAUCAGCGGACGGCUGUCUGAGAUCUAUUCAACAACAUUUCUUUGUUUCUCCGUGUAAUUCCGGUUUUCUUUCGUCUUUAAUAUGGCGAGCGAUUCUCCGGCUCGGAGUCUGGAUGAAAUAGACCUCUCUGCGUUAAGGGACCCUGCAGGAAUAUUUGAGCUGGUGGAACUCGUGGGCAAUGGCACAUAUGGGCAGGUGUACAAGGGCCGACAUGUCAAAACAGGUCAACUGGCUGCUAUCAAGUGCAUGGAUGUCACAGGGGAGGAAGAGGAGGAGAUCAAAGCUGAGAUCAACAUGCUGAAGAAAUACUCUCACCACAGGAACAUCGCCACCUACUAUGGCGCCUUCAUUAAAAAGAACCCUCCCGGUGUGGACGACCAGCUGUGGGUGAGUACCGUGCCCCACUGUGCCAGUGGAAAUGGAGAGUGUGUGUCCAUCUGUGCUUCACACACACUGCCCUGUGUAUACGUGGUCUUUUUUGGACCCAUGGGGAAGU